AUAAACUGCAGAGGGACGUGGGAGAGAGACGCAGAACGUCUGGAGCCAUCUUCCUCUCGAUUUGGAGCCAGGAUUUCACCGACAUGAUGUUUCCAGGGGAUCCAAGGUCUUUGGUUUUGGUGCUGGUUUGCCUAUUUUCUGCUGCUGGUGCUUUCGAAAUAAACGGCACUAAUCCACGGACCUUUGUCAUUGGUUCAGGAAUCCCCAAUGACAAUGAACCAAUAGAUUGUGUUGAUGAAGAUCAUCAAUUGGAUUGUUGGAGCCGUUUGGCUCCAACAAUCCAAACGGUAAGGAAUAAAACAUUAAAUGGAUCCCUCUCUGAAGAGGCACGUCAGUUCCUGACGAGCCCCAUUUCCACGGUACUCAUGCCUUCGUUCUACACCUUGGUGUGCUGCAUCAGCGUUCCCAUCAACCUCGCCGCCAUCGUGGCCUUCUUUAAGGGCAUCCAGCCAAAGAAGCCGGCGGCAAUCUACAUGCUGAACCUGGCCUCUGCGGACCUGCUCUUCGGCCUCAUGCUCCCCUUCAAGAUCUCUUACCACUUCAUGGGCAACAACUGGAUAUUCGGCUGGUUCCUGUGCCGAGUGGUCACCGCCAGCUUCUACUGGAACAUGUAUUGCUCCGUCCUUCUAAUAGCCUGCAUCAGCGUGGACCGGUUCCUGGCGGUUGUGUACCCCAUCGACUCCCUGGCUUGGAGGAAGACGGAGAACACCAUCAAGGCCUGCGUGACCAUGUGGGUCCUGUCCUUCGCCGCCUCCGUUCCUCUCGUUGUCUCCGACCAGACGGCUCACGUUGAGGGGCUGAACAUCACCACCUGCCACGACGUCCAAACCGUUGAGGCGAUUUUGUGGUUGAAGAUUUAUUUCGUUGCCAUCUGUUUCUGCCUGUUCGUUUUGCCUUUUCUUGUCACGGUGGGGUCCUACACCAAGGUGAUCUGGACGCUGAGCAGCGUGGCACGCGGGCUUCAAGGAAGAUCACGCAAAAAAACGAGAGCGGUGGUGAUGAUCUUGACGGUCCUAGUGAUUUUCGUGCUGUGCUUCAUGCCCACCAACUGCUUCCUGCUGGCACACUACUUGCUGUUUGAGGGAUCCAACAAUGCCUCGAAGGCCACCGACAGCUCCUAUGGCCUCUACUUGAUGUUUUUGUGUUUGGGCAGCCUGAACUGCCUCCUGGAUCCCCUUCUCUACUACUUCGGCUCUUCCCAGUGUCAGAGACAGCUGUCCAACAUGCUGUGCAGAUCGUCGACGAAGGGUGCUCUCACCAAUUCGUCGUCUGACUCGUACAGAUCCAGCACCAGACCCAUUCUGAAGUCCAGCCGCACCGAAUGCUCCACAAUGACUUCAUCAGUGAGCAAAACAAACUCAUUGGAACAAAACCUGAACAGCCAGUACAAGAAACUGUUGGUCUGAUCACUGUGGCACUGGGCAGCGUUUUUAAGUACAGAAACACAAAGCUGUAAAGUUAAGGCUACUACAUAAACUGAGCACUUAGUUGGGAUGUUUCUUUUGAGAUUUACUGAAACGGAAGGUAACCAAACAUCUUGCAGUAGUAGAAACACUAGAAAUCUCUUCUUCUUUUUUUGUCAGGAGGACAAACCUACACGCACAAAUGUGAAGUUAAAUCUGGCAUAAAACUGAGUGUAGAACCGCAGUAUGCUUCACCUUUUGCUCUGUAUAUUUACAUUUGCACACUGAAUAUUAUUCGCUCUUACGUUUACUACUUUGUUUUUUUGUUAGCUUUCAGCUAUAUCUUUUCGAAAUGUACAAUAUUUUUAUAUAUAUUAGUUUCUUAAUAAAUAUUUGAGACUCAAUUUUGAUGUUUUGACUUCUAUUAAGCAAACUGUGUGAAUUAACCAGAGGUUCCAGUUAAAAGUUCAAUGCUGCCCCCUGCUGGCCAAAUAUGUAAAUCACUAAGUUGGCAGAGAACUUUCCAUCCUUUAUUUUUAUUUCUUUUAAUACAAUGGGUCGCAUACUUAACAAAUGUAACUCAGUAAGUUAGGUUGAUACUGAAAAGGGAAUUUAUUGUAGUAACUUUGCUCAUGAAAUGAAAAUCAUGAAUUAUUUGCACAAAGUAAUUUGUUUCACUUAUUUCUGUACGUUUUAAUUGAAUAUGGAUUACUACUAAUGAAAACGUGACAUUCGGUGUGCGAGAAAAUUUGACAUGACACUGGUAAAGUAAAAACAUAAGGCGGCCUGUUGAAUUGUAAGAAUGUCCUUUUAAAAAGAGUUGAAUUUCUACAAUGAUACUGUACACAUUAAUUGUGUCAUCAAAAAGACAUUCACAUAAAAUUUGAAUAUUAGGGGAAACAUCAACAGAAUUGGCUACCAAUAAAAGCCAAUGUAAUGCAAAUUUCGCUAAAGGUGACGCAUGCGUACCUCUAAACUGCUUAUGACACUAAUAAAAUCAAAAUUGUUUUUACUCAUCUGCACCGAUAGGUGGUGCUAUUUUACCGUUUAUUAAGAAAAAUGUCAUCCUCACCACUCUAUAGCAAUGCCUAAGAAGAGACACCUUGGCUACAGGUAGUCAUUGCUUAAGUAUCUCAAGAUAAUAAUUAAUUACUUCCUAAAAUCCUUUGUCAGAAAUCUUACUAAAACGUCCUUCAAGCACAGAGUCAAAGAUAACCUGGCUGAAAUAGUCGAAAGGAGAGAGAGAAAAAAAUUAAUUAGGCUGAUAUACUAUUCUCAUUUAGUCGCUUUCUUCUAGUUUUUUCCCCUAAGUGGCACAUACCUAAAAUCCUAAGUUUGUACAUGAGAUGUUCGCAUACAGGCCAAUCAUUUAAAAAGAGAAAUUAUGGCUGAUAACAGUCGCAGAUUGCAUCGAUCAAUCAGACCAGAAGAGUCAUUGUACUGACUUGUAUCCUCCGAUAACCUCUAUGUGUGAACACAGUAAACCAGUUCAAGGAACAGCACAACCCCGCGUUCCUGGAAAGCAGGCGACACGUUUUUAUAUGAAAUCUUCUCCUAAUUAUCCAGCUCAGUUACCGUCUUGGAGUGGGUGGGUGCCAAGGCUGGCGGCUUUGCGUAGUCACGUGACGUACAGUGACAUCAUCCAGGUGUCAGGAAGUUCGCUUUUGCAACCUGUAGAGAGGAAACGAACGGUGUCGACGCAGACCGCGCCCGCUCUCUCAUUUUUAACCUGCGCGUUUGUCAACUGAGCUUACGGUCAUGUCGACGUGUGCGACGACAGAAGGUAACG